ACGUUUGUCCGAAUGAUUAGUUUCACACGUUUGGUGCACCAAGAUUAAUACUAUCAAGUGUUUUAUGACACAAAGUCGUUAUUGUUUAGCAAUAUCUACAAAGUGUUGAUUAAUCAAGUAUUACCAACAAAAAAGUGAGGUUAUGUAAUUGUUUGCUCGUAAUCCAGCAACAGGCAAUUAUAUACCACGUCUCCUUCAGCGCUCGAUUUUUUCUCUAUACACUGACGUUGGGUACUACUAUACACGUUUAAGCAAAUAAUAUUUGAGGUCUUUUUGGAGCAAGAAAUCAAAAUUUGCUGAUUCAAAGUAUUAGCCUAAAGUGAAAUGAAAUUAGGAUGCAAGGAGGUAGCUCCAAGAAGCGAAAAACAAAAGAGGACAAAGAAAAGACGAACUUUACGACUCUUGGAGUGAACUGGCUUAUUCUGCAGUGGAUUUCGGGAGCUGUAUGGAGGCAGGGGGGCUCCUGCCCUGCCAGCCCCAGCAAGGCCCCCCUGGCUCCAUUGCCCAAGCAACUUCUCAGCAGCUGCAGCCAAGAAACAACUUAGCAACUUUACAACAACAGCAACAAUCUAUUGUUGGACAAGUACAGCUACAUCAAGAUAUCGGUGCUUUACAGCAGCAACAGUUGCAGCUAACUCAUCAGCAGCAACAGCUGCAACAAAUGGGUCAGGCACCUGGGAUGGGUGAAGCACUGCCGCUUAGGCAGGCAGGCAGACAGGCUGUUGUCGAUCGACUUCGUCGCAGAAUUGAAUCUUACAGGCGUAGACAAACCGAUCUUGUGCCCAAGUUUGAUCAAAGCUUUCAUGGUCUCUGCGAGCAAAAUAAUCACGACACAUUGUUACUCAAGCAGCGCUUUUUGGAUAGAGACAAAAAUAAGAGACAACCAAAGAAAAAUGAAAAAAAACAGAACGAAAAUCUAGGUGCUUCAUCCAAUGUUCAUGUGCAACAAAAGUUCUUGAAAAGAACAGCUGAAGAAUUAGAGACGACUGGUAGUAACAAUGGUGACGGAGGUUUUGGCGAACCAUCAGUUAAACUACAAUGCACGCAGUCUUCGAGCACCAGCAUUUCUCAUCAUGCUCAUGUUCAACAUCAAUCAAGUAAUGCUUGCAACAAUUCAACGCCAAACGGCACUAGUAGUUCAACAACUGGAUCUCAGGUGCCUCCGACCAAUUCGACCCACGGAAACACCAGUCUUGGGGGAGCUGGUAACGGUGGUCCACAGCAAGGGGGAGGAAACGGUGUCGGCCAGACCGAAGCUCUUACCAAAUUUUCCGUCGAAAUUGUACAGCAACUUGAAUUUACGACUUCAGCUGCAAACUCUCAAACCCAACAGAUCUCUACUAACGUAACCGUAAAAGCGCUGACCAAUGCCUCUGUUAAAAGCGAUCUCUUGAGCGCAACGACAUCGCCAAAGAGCGAGCCACAGACAGGGGUCUCGUCAACGCCAGCUUCUGGACCUACUGCUUCUGCAGCUGCUACAAACGGCUCUGUCCACCACCAUCAGCAGCCGCAACAACAGACCACAACUCCCGGUCCGACCUCGGCAGCAGAUAUUAUUAAUAGUCUAGUAGAGUGCAAACAGGAGCCUGACAAUGACUUUGACCUUGAGCAGUGUGCAGCAGCUCUCGAGAAGGAUCCUUGUUUCCCAGGCUUUGACAACUUUAUGGGCUCUGAAGCGACUGAUGACGAUGCUUUUAAGGACCUUAUUUCCGAAAUCUCUGACUUUCAUCCGCAAAUGGACUUUAUCAAAGACCUAGACUUUGACGAAAAGACUGGUAUCGGUCUGAACGGCCAAAACAGCACCAACAACAACAAUAAUAAUAAUGGCAGUACCGGUGCCAUGGGCAUUAAGAGCAAUAUUCCUGGAAAUGGUCAGAAUGUGCACGUGAAACUCGAGGAAGACAAGGAUCAAGUACCCCAAGUUAUGCAUCAACAUCAGCAUCAGCAACAGGGUCAACUGACGCAACAGUAUUCGUCGUCGUCUUCGUCGUCGACGCCGUCAUCAUCAUCGUCACGUUUAUCCUAUUCUGCGCCAGGCUUGGACUAUAAAUCCGAGAUGAGCCCCGCUGCGCAAACUCUGAAACAAAUGGCCGAGCAGCACCAACACAAGAGCCAGCAACUUGGUAUGGGUGGUUUCAAUUCACCAGCCGCUGCAGCGGUGGCUGCCGCGGCAGCUGCUGCGGCCAGAGGUUCGAACGCACGCUCACCUUACGCCGAGUUUGGACAAUUUAGUGGCGGUUCUGCAGAUUAUUUGGGCAGCUCUAAUGGUGGACCUGCAUCAGCAACAACUCAACAAGGCAUACCGUAUCAUAAAAACAAUAGCGUGAAUAGUAGUCUACUUGUUGGUUUUCAGCAAACUCAGCAAACGGAAGUUUUUACUCAACAUCAACAGCCCAACAAUCAAUUUGAAAUAAAUAAACGCACAGCUGGUCAACAAAAGCAGCAGCAGCAGCAGCAACAGCAGCAGAGCACUAAAUCAUCAAUGGGUCCGAACGGGCCUACAACGUACAAGCAACAACAGCAGCAGCAGUAUUCACCAUAUGGAAGCCCGAGCUCAAUGCCAAAUCACGGCAGUCCGAGCUAUGCUCUUCCACCGAGAAUUUCGCAAGCACAAGCACCGAAUCAAGGUCCAACUCCUCAGGGAGGCUAUAGCAGCUCGACUCCUCCACGGCCCUCUUCGGGCUCAGGCACGUCUGCUCCAAACAUUCAGAUAAAUCAAGCGCAGCAGUUGCACAUCAAUAAUCCUACUCACCAGAUUCAAGUAUCAGCUGGACAACAUAUGCAACUUACUGGUGAUUUAAAACCAAAUAUCGUAUCAGUUGCCACUCAGCAAGGUAUGUAUUUCAACCAACAACAUCAUCAUCAACACCAACAGCAACAGCAGCCACAACAAGCUCAGACGGAACAGCAACAGCAGAAUGCACAAGGAAUUCCUGGAAACCAAAAUGAUACAUAUUGCACGGUUUCACAGACACAAACGAUAAAUUUUACGCAACAAAAUUUGAGGCAGCGGGCAACUGCAGCAUCUGGUUCGGGAAAUUCCGCGACGACUCCUACUGCUGCACAGUCACAGCAGUCACAACAACAAGCUCAACAACAUAGAACUCAUACUAAUCAGCAGCAGCAAUCAAUGAAUCAGCAGCAGCAACAACAGACCUCUCUUGCUGGAGCGCAGCUUUCAGAGCAACAAAUUAAAAUGUUUCAGCAGCAACAGCAAUUGUUGCGAACACAGUCUCUACAACAACAACAACAGCACAUGGCUGCAGGAAUUAUUAGACCACCUCCACCGGAAUACAAGGCAGCUCAAGCGCAAAUAAUGCACGCAAACAUUAACAGUAUAGGGCAGUCGGUAAAAUUCGGAAACUCAAAUCCCAUUCGCAGAAUCAAUCAGCAGCAACCAAUACCUCCCUCUGGCCCAAUGAUGAGACCCCAACAAGUAGUACAGCAGUCGGCAAUGCAUGCUGGAACAAAUUCUUUAUACAUGAGUAAUGCCAAUGCAGGUGUGGGCAUUGGAAUAAGGUCGCCGGUAAGCAUAAAUACCACUGGAAACGUAAACACGAUAGGAGGCCUACACCCAAUGCAACAAAGAAUAGGAUAUCCAAGAACAAACCAUCAACGGCCUCCAAACGUGAACGUUGGACAAGUAGAUGCUCUUGGUAAUGGAGUCUCAUCUCGUGGUACUUCACAAAGAUGGCAUCAGGUCUUUAUGCAGCAUCAUUCACAACAGCAGCAGCAACAACAACAAGGAAAUUUUGGAAUGAGCGGAACAAGUGGUGGUAUUCAAAUGAAUGCAUCCCAAAUGCAACAUCAACAGCAAGUACUAAGAGGUAAUGGAACGUUAACUAACGCUGGAAUAAAUAAUUGUCCGAUGCCACAGCAAAUUACCAUUACGCAACAGCAACAGCAUCAACAAGCUGGUAAUCAAAUGACUAUGCAACUUGAAAUGUCACAAACACAAUCCAUCAACGCAGUAAUCGUUUCGUCAACAUCUGGCAAUGGAACUGCGGGAUCUCCAGUACAUUCGCAUCAACGAUAUAACGCUGCAGUACCCAAUCCAAGUGCGCGUAGUUCUUUACAACUUCAGCAGAUUUCUCCACAGCAACACCAACAAUCUGAUGUUGCCGCAAAUGACCUAUCUUUUGACAUAUUUGAUAAUUUGGCUUCAACAGGUGACACGCCAAAUUUUAACCCACAAGAAUUACUCAAUUCACUUGAAUCUGGAUUCAAUAUUGACACAAUGUUCUAAAAGGUCCUCUUGUUCCAUCUCUUGUUUUUUCUCCGUAUUUAUAAGUACAAUCAAACGAGCAGUUGAUGAAAGAGAUAAAGAGAAGCCGCUGCUCAUCGUCCUCAUGAGAAAAAAAAAAAAAAAAAUAGAAAUGG